UUUUGGGUUAUAUAAACCGCCCGAUUUUCAUUUCAAAAUUCGCCAUUUUCGCCUCUUCCAAAGCUCUCUUUCUCUUUCAGUUCAUCAACGGCGUCUUCAAAAGUAGAGGGUCGCCUCCAUUGUUGUUUCAUCUGAGCACCUUCAACAUUUCUUACCCAUAACACACCAGUUAUCAGAUUAAAAUAUUAAAAAUGCCGGAAGCAAGAGACCGAUUAGCGAGGCCAAACAACGGAGUUGCAGAUAUAUACCGUAUUCGUCGGGGUUCGGUCGAUAGCUUAGGGAUUCUUCCGGACGAUGGUGAUAAUGAGAGGGGUUUUAGCCGGACUCCUUUCAGGUGGGGUGCGACGCCGUUGACUGGUGGGACUUCAGGUCAACCGAUGGAAGGGGCCCCUUCUACUCGAACCAUUACUGGUGCCGCCGCUAGAGGAGGUGGUGCUGGGAGGGGUCUUUUCGGAACACCGGGGACGGUCUAUCGACGUGGUAGCCGGAAUCAGAACACUCCGCCAUCAGGUAGCACUGUCCGACGAGGUAGAGGAAGACGUCCGGGAUCUCAGAGCGUGUUACCUUCUUGGUAUCCACGUACUCCUCUUGGUGACAUCACUCAUGUCGUUCGGGCAAUUGAGAGAAGAAGAGCGCAUUUGGUAGAUGGCGGAGGUCAAGUUUUGGGGAGCCCAAACCCAGUAAGGAUUGAUCAUCAGCCUGCUGUUCAUGAUCCUUCACCAUUUGGUGCUCACCUCGAGCACGAGCUUUCUUUAGUUACCCCAAAUCCCAAAUUAGCAACGAAGACAUUCAGACCACCGCCAUUGAAGAUAUUUACAGACGUUACAAAUCAAGAUGGCGGAGAUUCAGAGUUCCUGACACCCCAAAAGAAGCUGCUAAACUCCAUUGACAUUGUCGAGAAGGUGGUGAUGGAGGAAUUGCACAGAUUGAAGAGAACCCCAACUGCUAAAAAAGUUGAAAGGGAGAAAAGGGUCAGGACUUUGAUGUCAAUGCGUUAGAUGGUGGAAUCUUUUUGUAGAAUCUUUCUUAGAUUCAGUAUGUAGUGAAAGAAGAAGGCUCUACUCUCGUUGAGCACCAUGAGGAUCGGUGAGGUAUGUUUUGAUUGAUCAUCCACUGAUGAUUGGGCUCGUAGUAUACUACUAGUUUUGUUAUCCUUUUUGCUUGAAAGGUUAAAUUUCUCUUUUUUUUAGUAUAGACAUCGGAAUCACAUGAACUGCUGACGAUAUUUCUUGUAUCCAUAGGCGUUUACUUUUUGUAAUAGAAUUGUUCAAAACUAUUGAUUUGAGUAAUAUAAUAUUUGGCACAGUUUAAUGGUCAUAAAA